AGUUGCAUAAGGUUUCCAAAGGCAGCUGAGGGUAUGGAGGCUGUUUCAGCGCCGCUCCUCCGUUUCAUGGCCGGUAACGCUGCGUCCUCCCCGGUCUGAUGCAGCGGAUCACCAGCCUCGCUGCAGGCCUGGAGCUCGGCGGCCUGGCUGCAUGCACACCCGGGGUCUGCACCUGGAAGAGAGGCCCGACAUGCAGCAGCAGCAACAACAACAACCAGCUGGCCGUGCACCGGCUGAGAGCGGGGGUGUGUGUGCGUCCUGAGCGUCCCUUCAGCGGGGAGUUUGGCGCACAGAGUCGGGGGCUGUGCAGGACGGAUCAUGUGGUGUUUGCCGGUCAGAAACACAGACUGUUCAGCUCUCAGCCUGGAGCUCAGGGUCCACAGGAGAGCCCCGGUGGUCAGCCUGGAGCUCAGGGCCCACAGGAGAGCCCCGGUGGUCAGCACGGUAUCUCUGUGGUCGGCUCCCCGGAUCCUAUCACAUGGAUCCGGUGUAAAGUCAUCAUGUGGGUCAUUAGAGUGUACUUUGAGGUAGACAUCGUCUCUGCAGAGUUUGACAGAGGAGUGAAGCAGGCUUUUGUCCACGUCUCUAACAUGAUGUCCAGUGGCAGAUACUGGCAGCUGAGGGGGGUAGUGUCCAAGGAGACGGUGAAUUAUAUCGAGAAGAAGUGUCGGCCUUUCACCAAAGAUCAGCAGCAGCAGCUGGCAGUCUCGAUGGAUGAUAUUAUAUUUCUGCUGCCGGAAGACGUCUCUGUCGUCUUCGAUCAAUACGGGAGAAAGUUCUGCUUCAUCGUCAUGAGGUUUUGGUUCCUGUCGACACACGAAGGCCCCGAAGACCCCGAAGCCACAAAAAUCUUCAAAGUGAGCCCCGGUGAAGACGGCAGCCCACAGAAGAAAAUAGCCACAGCCGUCUAUGAAUUCCAGACAGAGCUGACGAUGGAUGCCUCUCCUGACUGGACGGUCACCACCGUUUGGCACUGGCACUGGAAACUGUUUGAGUGAUUUGACUGAAAGCUGCGAGGCUGUCGGGGACACGUCGUCCGGUGACUGAUUGACUGAAUGAAAGACAGCCUUCACCGGGGAUCACAGACGAGGGAAGCAAGCAGAUGAAAGAAGUGUCCGUCUGGAUUACAUGAAGCAGGAUGAGGAACCACAGCAUGGACACUUUGCAGACGACCUCAGUACUUUCACAUGUUUAAAUAAAUCUACUUGAAUGUCCUCCUUUGACCCUCAGAUGCCUUUUGAAGCACUCCUCCUCCUCCUCCAGUGGUUUUACACAGUUCCCAGAUUGUCACUUGUAAUACAAGUCAAAGCAGAAGUUUGUACCAGGGUUAUUAUAGUUAACUAAAACUAAAACUAGCAAUGAA